UUUAUAUAUAAAAUACAUAUGCAUGUGUAUAAUCGGGCGGGUUCGGGUUGGAUAGUGAAAAAACCAUGCCCACUCAUUACCUGCAAUAUUCGGGUUCGAGUUUUACUCGUACCCAUAAAAAAUUCUUUGAAUUCGAAUUUUAUCCUACCCGAUUAGGUCGGAUUUGGAUGGAUAUCACACAUAUUUCUGCCAUCCUAAUCUGCGUGAUAGUGAAGCUUUUCUUCUUCGACAUUCUACUUGCGUUACUCCCCCAAAGUUUCAAGACAUCGGAGGUAAAGGCGAGAACAAAAAGCCCCGAAAGAUGUGGAGACGAGCGCUGCCGUCACCGUCUUCAUUCUCCGGCCGAUCCGCCACUCCAGGCAUCGCCGCGAGAUUCUUCUCCUUCGCCUCUUCGCAGCCGCCGCCCUCGACGACGCCCUUUCCCGUUUCCUCUUCUCCGAGGACCACCACUCUCUUCUCCUCAGGUAAAAUUCCGAAGACCAAGGUUGAAAAUGUGAUGCCGAUCGCUACCGGACACGAGCGAGAGGAACUCCAGGCGGAUCUUGAGGGAAGGAACAUUUUAGAGAUCAACUAUCCCGUCGGUCCUUUUGGUACAAAGGAAGCUCCUGCUAUUGUGAGGUCUGUUUAUGACAAACGAAUAGUUGGAUGCUCCGGUGGCGAAGCAGAAGAUGAGCACGAUGUGGUAUGGUUCUGGCUGGAGAAAGGGAAGCCUUACAACUGCGCUGUCUGCUCCCAGCAUUUCAAGUUGGAAGUGAUUGGCGAGGGAGGCUCACCCGAUGGCCAUGGAGAUGAUCACUAAUGCACCGUCGUGCAGUUUCCAUAGUGGAAUAAAUUCAAUGAAGAGACAGUAGGGGAGGCAAAUUCUCCUCCAGUUUUGUUAUGUAGUUAAUAAAACAAGGUUUAGUUGGCGAUACUACUCGAUAUCCCUUGCUUUCUUGUAUGCAGUUUUCCUACAACGAGACUGCUCAAAUGGAAAAAUAGUUACUGGAAACAAUUUUGUUGUCAAAUGUGUCUUUUAUCAGCAGUGUGUUUUCAUGUGUUGUCUCUCCUAUGAACUGAUGUUCCGGCUUCUCAAUUUCAAGCAUUCCUCAACCUGUUGUUUGACUGCAAAAUAUGCAUCUUUUGUCAUAUUUGUGUCUCUAUGUCAGUGCUUCAAUAUUUGAAAAAGGGGGUAGACUUGUAGUUGUAUCAAUGUACCAUGGGAUUAUCGAAACAACAAUGGCAUCAGAAUAUUACAGGAAGAAACUAAGUAGCUCACU